UGUUCCGCAACCGUGACGUCAGUGACGUCACAGACAUACGACGUUAGCGGGUAUUAUCGUGUUAGCCCAAUAAUAUGUUUGGAAGAAACUAGUACAAUUUGUUGUUCUCUUCUUAAGACAUAUUUGUAUCGGAACAUUCACUUCUACUUGGACGAAAAUGUCCACUUUGGUGGAGUCCCUGGCCAACGAGGGCUGGUACCUCAGUGAUGAAGGCAUUGCCGAGUUGAAAGGAUCUGCUGAGAAAAUUACACAUCAUGAGGUUAUUCGAAUUGCACUCGAUACUGAUCUCAGACCAAUUGGAAGGAAAAUUCUUCCUCCCGAUAUUAAUAGUGGACGAGUUGAGAAGCUGGAAGGUCCAUGUGUUCUCCAGCUGCAGAAGAUGAGGAACAUCUCAGUGCCAAAAGACAGUGAGUCCCAAGGAGGGCCACGAAUGUUGCGCUUGCAAAUGACAGAUGGCCAUACCACCUGUGCUGGAUUGGAGUUUAAACAACUGACCAAAAUCAGCCUCAAUACUCCUCCUGGAACAAAAAUUAAGCUUCUUGGUACAGUCAUGGUAAAAAAUGGUUUUUUGCUGCUUGAUGACUCAAAAAUCGCUGUUCUUGGUGGAGAGGUCGAACAUAUGGUGGAGAAAUGGGAGCUUCAGCGGAGUCUGGUCAAACACAGUAGAAACAACAUUGGAGCAGAAGGUGGGCCACCUCCUUUUGUGCCAUUUGGCCAGAAGUGUGCAAGGAAAGAUGAAACAGACAGUGACGAGCUCGACAAGAGGAAAACCCUUCAGAGUGUCAUCAAAAUCACUGAUGAGAAUGACGACUUUGCAAAGCAGCGGUCAGCAGCUAUUGCUGAGGUGGCCAAGACCAAAGAUGGUCCCCGUACAUUUGGUGGAGGAGAAAAUGCAGGAAGUAAUUUAUCCUCCAGUUCUUCCCGGAGCCGUGACCAGCAUAGAAGGCGAGAAGACCGGGUUGAAAGAUACGAAAACAGACAAGAUGGCAACUAUCGAGAGCUGGUGGAUGAGCGUGCUCUCAGAAACAUCAUGGAGAUGGGCUUUAACAAGGAAGCAGCCCGGCAAGCCUUAAUGGAUAAUAACAACAAUCUUGAGGUUGCUCUCAACAGCCUUCUGGCAGGACUCUGUGACACCAGAGCUCAACCUGUGGCUGCAGACAAGCCUCAGCCCAGAGGCAGAGGAAAGGGAAGAGGUCGAUCCAGAAAUGACGGCGACGAGGAGGGUGCUGGAGGAAGGCCCUCUGGACCAAGCACUCUUUUUGACUUCCUAGAAUCCAAGAUGGGAGUUUUUUCCAUUGAUGAGCCAAAAAGGGAGACUUCCCAGCGACAUGAUGAUAAAGCAAAUUUCCAUGGCUCAGACUACAACUCCAAAGAUCCAGCUAACACCAGGUUCUCAUCACAUAAUGAUCAUCGACAAAAAAAGAAUGACAGGCCCCCCCGAUUCCACAGGGACACAGACUUUCCCAGACCUGGCCAGGAGACCUUCUUGAACUAUACGACCUCCCAAACUUCAUCAGUCCAGCACUGGAGGGGCCAGGAUAAGUCGUCACGUGGAGACAGACUGAAUGACAGGAGAGAGACAGAUGACGAGCAUAUUUUCCCUCCAUCCUUCACAACCUCGUUCACUCAGUCAAAGGAACCUCAACAGGGGACAGAGUCAGUUGGAUCGUUUUACGAGCGAUCAAGAAAUUGUGAUGGGGGCAACAUGGCUGCACCAUCUGUCAGGAGAGGUACAAAGGACAAUGCACCCUCAUCUAAACUCAGCAGUCCUUCAGAAAAUGACUUGAACCCUAACCCCAACCAAAACAACUUCAGAAAAAAGGGGAAGGCUGAGCGACCAAACUACUUUGACCAUCAAAUGGAUAGUGUACUGCCAAACUCAAAGGGAGGAAGCUUAGGAACAUUCUGUGAAGUGGAAAUGUCACAGCAUUCUCAAUUCUUGACAGGCGGUCUGCCUAAUUACCAAAACGGAGAUACAAUACCCAAAAGAACUGGGCCAAUUAAGCCAACCAAUAAAUCUGGUCCUGCCAACAGGGAGCAACCUCCAAAGAGAAACAUUCAUAAUAAUCCAGGAGUCAAAGCAAAGUCUUGGCAAGGUAAAAGUCAAGGUCCUCGGGGGACAGAGAAAAGUAAUCAUGUUGAUCAGGCUUGGAAACCUGGAGAUCAGUGCCUUGCUUUAUACUGGGAGGACAGCAAGUUCUACCAUGCCAGAAUAGAUGCCGUGCAUCCAUCUGGUUCUACAGCUGUGGUCGUGUUUAGUGAUUAUGGGAACUGUGAAGAAGUCCUCCUCCAUAACAUCAAGCCUGUUACUGCUGACAUCUUGGAAGAAGAUGAUGGUUAUUAUGACAAUUCAUUAGAGUUUCGCCGUGGAGGAGAUGGUCAGCCAAGGCGCACGAGACCUACACAACAGUAUUACCAACCACCAAGAGCUCGGGAUUGAUGAUGUCAACAUUUACUGAAUGGUAAAUGCAUAUGAAAUUGCAGGGUUUCCCCUCUACAGUCAUAUUAUUCUCUCUGUAAAUGUUACUGUUAUAAAUGUAUGAUCUUUGCGCAGACAAUGAUCUGAAUGAGAGAAAUAAUUAUUCAUAGUCACAUUUGUCCAGUCACUGGACAUUUCUGUAUCAUCUGCUCUUGAAUUAUUGCGUACAACACUCAUUAAAACACUUUUCAUACAGGGUUCCUACGAAAGUAUGGGAAAGUAUGGAAUAUGAUUUUCUAAAUUUACAGGUCUGGAAAAGUAUGGCAAAUGGAAACUCAAGUAUGGAAAAAUAUUAAUGUUUCCAAGACAGUUACCACUGUUCUGUUUUGUAAAAAAUAAAAUUAUGAUUUUUUUUUUUUUUUUUUUAAAGAAAGAAACGAAAUGGAUCGAUCUGUUUGUUGAGAUGUUCGUGUGAGAGCACACAAUGGGUGACGCAUCCCGGAAAACAUUUGGGAAGAUUGACAAGUUGAAUGGCCAGCCCUCUGCUCUUUGCCCUCCCACCCUUUGUAUGAGCUCCAUUACCUAGCAAUAAUCUCCUGGAAAUUUUAUGGUGACAUAAUGGCAUAUAUAUUGAGAAUAAUGAAAACAAACCAUUAAUUCCGUAAUUUAUUUACAUGACACUUGGGCUGCAACAGCUAUUAUUUUCUUAGUCGGUUAAUCUGAAGAUUGUUAUUUCGAUGAAUUGAGUACUCAGUAAACAGACCAAAUCAACAUGAAUCAAACACAAAGAGUUAGCGGUUUGAUCUGUAACAUAUCAGAAAAGAGACAAAAAUGUCCAUCACUGUGUUCUAAAGUUAAAGCUGAUGUGUGUGAAUAUCUUGUUUUGCCUAAAAUACAAAGGUAAUAGGUCUGCUUUCAUGGACGACUGACGAAAUGAAAAAUAUUCACAUUUGAGAGGCUGAAAUUGGAGGAUAUUUACAUUUUUUAAUAAAUAAAAAAAGAUUAAUCGAAUACCAAAAUAGUUUGUUGAUUAAUUGGAUAAUAGAUUUAAUCAUCGAUACAUCGAUUAAUUGUUGCAGCUCUCAUGAUGCACAUAUUUUUACGGAAAAAUAUUUAUGGAGGAAGUAUGGAAUCUUGAAAUGUGAAAUCCGUAGUAACUCUGUUUAUAGCAUGUUAAAUAGACCCUGCUAUAUUGUUCAUUUUCAAACAUUUCAAUCUUCAUUGCGAGAAGACCCUAUUCAUCUCAAUUAGAUGCGAAUGAAAUGGAAAAAAUGCAUUUUUUUUUAUUAGCUUCAACAGAUGUUUUUCAGCUUAACUGUAAGCUUUUUUUAUCAGCUCAUUUUUUAAUCUUGAGUGCUUCCUAAACUCUGAAAUGUCCACACUUUUGUGACAUACAGAACUCAUCAAAGGGCUUGACAACAUGCAAAAAUAAGAACAAAACUGACACUUAGCACUUGAUUUUGUUAAGCACAUCGACUGUACAUGAGAAGGUUUCUUAAAUGGAAGUACUGAAAUAAAGCCUCUUAUUGUAUGUUGCAAAUGUGUUGCAUUUUUAAUUAUCUAAUGAAACAAAGCUUAAAAAAACACUAGGUCUCAGCUAUACGUCCCCCUGCUCAUAUGUAGCAAGCUGCACCAAUUCAUUUGUCUUGUUCUUUGAAGCAAAUCCCACAGUGUAAGACAAUCUCUUCCCCUGUAAUGGAGAUGGUUGCACUGCAGAGAUAUCAUUUUGCACAUUACAAAAGGGAGUGUUCUCCAAGCAUUGCACACAUGCCACUGUCUUGGCCUCUUACGGAUUUGCCCUGUGUGAGGGACAAGUUUUACACAUCGAGAAAUAAUCUGCAUCUUGGUUCCAAUUACACUCGCACCUGAAGCAGAAGACAAAUGGACAAUGCACAGAGUUCAGUGGAAGUUGUUGCACUAUUCUGUAUCACAGGCCCAAUGAAUUUGCUUUAUUUUCCAACGGAGGUGCCAAGUGAACAUAGAUUAAUAAUUAAUAGCUGGUAAUAUGGAAACCUAUCUGAGUGGAACUGAAAGUGAAGCUCUCAAAAGCAUUUGGGGGGCUGAUUAUGGCACAUUGUCCAGAUAUUCAUCAAGUACAGAUUUUCAAUCAAACCAAUAGUAUAGAUUUUUUUAUGUGAAGUCAGUUGGUUUUUUUUCCCAUUUUGCCACAAGGCAAGAGCAAAUUAAGCAGUAGUCCUAUGGUCCUAUUGUGUUGGACUCUGUAACCGUGAGCAUAUAUUUGGGUGUCCACACGUUCAUACACAUGCUAAAUCUGUUUCACACAGCAUGACGGUAUUUAUAACUUAUAACAUAGCUCUACGGCACCUGCUGGAAAGGUGCCCUUGAGCAAAGCACUCUACCCCCACUCGCAUCACUGUGGCACAUUUGGUACAUUUAUCAACCUUUGGGUUUGUGUGUGAGUUGGACAUAAUACACAUUUUAGUAUUUGUAUAAAACCCAAAAGCCCCAAAUAGCCAGCAUGUGGUAUUUAUUAUUGCUCAAUGAUGAAUAUGACAUGAAACUAAACUAAACCCAUCCAACUAAACUAAACCAGAGUAAGUGAUGUGAUGAAAACUGUCAGAUUUCAUCUUGUUUUUUUAUGUUUAUGUAAUAUUGCAAUCUUCUUGUGCUUUAAGACCGAUAGACCUUGUUAGAUUAUGUCCUCAAUUGCCCAGCAUUCUGCACUAAAUCACAGACCCAAUAUUGGAUUAAAAUAAAAAUCUUUAUUUUGCAAGUGAAGUCCUGAGACACCAACUCUGAGAGAUUUUGGUGCAUUUUACUAAUGUCGAUUGUCUUUCCAUUUAUAUUGCGUUGUUGGUGGCACUGACUUGUAUAUAGUUCCAGCAUGGCCCAUCAUAACUGUUGUUACAUAUUAGCUGAGCUCCUUGUGAAAUUUUUGGUAUAGCAUUCUGCAGAACCUAUGAAUAUGAGUGCAUUUCUAGGGCUGAAAAGUGGUUUUAUAGUUACUUUGUCUUUUAUGCUGCAACUUGAGAACUUUCACAGAUCCCGAGGAAUGCUUUGCUGGAGGAACAAUCCUCCUUUCCCGCAUUAACAUCCUUUUGCUGUGCUUGCUUGUUUCCCACCUGCCUGCCUCUCAUAUGCCCAUUCAUAGCUGAUGCCCAUUAUCUUUCGGCUUACCUGACCCUUCAUUCUCCACCCCCCCACCCCUGUGUGGUACCUUUGUGGCUGUGAUACCUGAACCUUGUGAUCCCAAUACAUGUCUUUUCUUACAUCAUUUCUACAUCAGCCUGAACAACACAAACCUUUCUUCCUCCUGUAGAAAGGAAAAAACAAAACCAGAAAGGAGCUUGCAUCAAAGUGACUGGGAAGUAUUUUUUGGUAGCGUGUUUAGAACUUGGUGGACCAGAAAGUGCUGCAGAAUUAAUAUGACUUUCAAAAUGCGUGACCAAGUCAAAGCUGGAUGUGAUUUUCAACUCCACGUAUCAUUUGCAUGUAAGCAUUCCAUGCUAUGUCAUUUGUCACAAAUCUUCAUGUAUAGGAAAAAGAUCCCAACUAUCUUCUGGUAGGUGCCCACAUGCACGUAACAUGCAAACAAUUGACUUCAUCUGAAUGCUUUGCUGGCAAAAUCAAUUUGAAUUGUAAAGUGUCCCUCAUGUUGUCAGCAUUGUAACAGAUGCAAUGUUGGUGAAAAGAAAGAACCAUUUGCAUACAAGCAACCUUAUGGAUGUGGAUGCCAUAGCUUUGGUUUUAGACAUGCCAGAUGGUUUUAUAAGCAAUGGGGGUAAGGAACAGUUUUGUUAAGGUGGAAAUGAAUGUUUUAUUUUACUUUGAUACGGUAAAUGAUUGAUUUGUUCAGAUUGAAGAAUCACAGUCGACAAAUGCAACUCUGUGCUCUCGUUCUUUCAAUCAAAAAUUGACUCCAUCUACAACUCUCUAUUCGCACUGCCCUCCUCCCAUGUCUCCUCCCUCCCUUCUGUUCCCCUAUCACCUCUCCUCUUUCCAAAUUUGCACCCAUCUCCCAUCUACCUGUUUAACAUCAUCACCUCCAUGAAAUCCUCCACUGCAUUGUAGACCCCAUCCCAUCCAUCCAUCCAUCCACCUUCUAUGCCGCUUAUCCUCACUGGGGUUGCGGGUAUGCUGGAGCCUAUCCCAGCUGACUUUGGGCGAGAGGCGGGGUACACCUAGCCAGCCAAUAGCAGGGCACAUAUAAACAAACAUGCUCACAUUCAUACUAUUCAAUUCAGAGUUUCAAAUUAACCUAACAUGCAUGUUUUUGGAAUGUGGGAGGAAACCGGAGUACCCGGAGAAAACCCACGCAUGCACAGGGAGAACAUGCAAACUCCACACAGAGAUGCCCAACGGAGAUUCGAACCCAGAUCUUCUCAAUCUCCUGUGUGGCCAACAUGCGAACCACUCGGUCCCCCUCCUGUCUCGUUUAACACUGCCAACCCACUAUCUCCCCAAUUAUCACUACAAUUGUAAACUCCUCUCUUAGCUCCUCCACUGUCGCUCCGUCUCUCAAACUGGCUGCCAUUACUCCCAUCCUCAAGAAACCUGGACUCCAAUCCUGAUGAUCUCCACCCCACCCCUACACAUCUUCCUGUAUCCGCUCCUCAGAUGCAAACCUCCUGACUGUCUUAGGACCAAGCGCCAAACCUGGGGGGGACAGAGCCUUCACUGUUGCCGCCCCCUCCCUUUGGAACUCACUUCCGGCACACAUCCGUGACACUGCUGACCUUACCACUUUCAAGACUAACUUAAAAACACACUUGUUCCACACUGCUUUAAUAGAUAACUCUUUAAAACGUACAUAUUUGUUCGCUUUUAUCAUUUAAAGCGUCUGAGUUUUUGAAAAGCGCUCUAUAAAUAAAAUUUAUUAUUAUUAUAAUUAUUAUUAUCAUUAUCAUUAUUAUUAUUAGGAAUGCUCCGAUCAGGGUUUUAUGGAUACCGAUCAUCCAUGACUGAGAUCGGCCGAUACGAUCAUAUGGAUUAACUGUACAUUUUUCAAUGUAUUUAUGAUGAGUGCUAUUUUGCCAGGGCCGCCAUUAGACAAUUCAAUUCAAGGGGCCCUGGCAAAUAGGUAUGUUGAUUAAACAACAACACACAAAUCGUGUUUGGAAGACAAAACAUAAAUAGUAUAAUGACAACAAUAGACACUUGAAAAAGUUAGUACGCACCCGAUGGACGUAAUAUCCACUUUCCCGUGGGAGAAAAACGAGCUCCAAACUAACCAAAAAAAAAACCAAAUGUCACUGUGUUAAAAAGUAGGGAUGAGCCUGAUACUCGUCUAAAGUUACGGAUAAUGCAUUUUUGCCAAGUACAAGCAUGAAACGAGUACAGCUCGCCAUUAUCUGUAAUCGUGAUGAAGGAAAAUCCCCAUUGGAUGUAUGUAUUCACUCGUCAAACUCCGUGAUUGGCCAGUCACACACAGCGACCGCCCCUUCCCAGACAGACUCACUACAGCCAUUCUCUAUUCCACUGUAUUUCGGUUUGUAUGAUAUUUAAAGUUAGUCGGUAGACUUGUUUCGUUACGUACGCGGAGCAUUUGACAAGACAGAGUUGAAAACAGCUCAUGUCGUGUUGGUCACUGCCUCCACUCUGGACGUUUUUUGGUUUUUUUUAGGGUUUUCUCAGCUCAGCUGUUAUGUCCGCGGUGCAUUUGACAAGAAAGAGCUGUAAACGGCUCGUGUUGCGUCGGUCACUGUUGGUGUUUUUUUUUUUCUUCUAUCUGCUUGCUUCUAAUUUGGUUGGGGAUAUAAAGUCAGUUGAAAACUGCUCGUCGUGGUGCUUUUGAGAACACUACUGUGAACAAGGCUGACAGAUUAUUUCCCAGUUUGCCAUCACUGGAUUUUUUUGCAUGAAUCACCAACUUCACACAGAUCAUUAAAAAAUAAUUAAAUAAUAAGGUCUUACAGAUCACCAUCCAUCCAUCCAUCCACUUUCUAUGCCGCUUAUUCUAAUUAGGGUCGCGGGGGUAUGCUGGAGCCCAUCCCAGCUGACUUAGGGCGAGAGGCGGGGUACACCCUGGACUGGUCGCCAGACAAUCGCAGUUUACAGAUCACUUACACACAUAUACUGUACACAUAUAGCUGAAUAAUAAACAAUAAAUAUAGCAACUUUUGAGCAAUCCAUGUCAAAUUGAGGCUUAAAAUAAUGUACUGCAACAAGAUACAAUGUAAUGCAGUAUUAUCAUUGUGAUCACUAUCAUAGUUCAUCAUUUCAUGACUGCUAUUAUGUGUGACUGUUUCAAUGCAAUAUUGUCAUUGUGAUCACUGUCAUAGUUCAUCAUUUCAUGACUGCUAUUAUGUGUGAUUGUCAUUGACAGCUUUGUCAUUGUGGUUGUUGAUGUUGUUUUGUCCUUAUGUCCUUGUUCGUCUUUGUGGUUGUCACGGACAUUUAUUUGCUGAUGUUGUCCUGCAUGUUUCUGUUGUUCUAUUACUAUUGUUGUUGUUGCUCCUGUUGUCCUUGUCUCUUGUCUCUCUUUUUUUUUGUUGUUGUUGUC